GCAGUCGAGUUCACCUAUCCAACCAUUCUCAUUCCUUAUAAACAAAGCCACAUUAUCUUUUCCCGAAAAUUCACGCUUCAUAUUUUUUUUUCCAGCCUAAACUCACAAUGGAGUCGCUUCAAAACGUUGGCAAUCAAGAACCAAAUGAUGAGCAAGCUCAGCGUCAGCCGGUUGAAACAAUUCUUCGUGGUAUCGACGAACUUGUGGAAAGGACGAUCUCGGAUAACACGAAUUUGGAGCAAAAUGCUGCAAAUACUGAUGUUGUAUCACUUCGCUUUCAUCAAUCAGCACUGCUGAAGAGAUUCAAGGGAAUUAUGAUCGAAAUCCAAAGCAAAGCAGCUAAGGCAACACAUGAUAUCGAAUCAAAGCUAGGUCCAGAUUCGCAACUUGGACAUAUGAAUCCCGCUGUGAACGAUGCAUUAGAAGACUUGGUUGGUGUGCCUCAUGAUAGCGACCUCAAUCGGGUAUUGGGUCGCACGUACCUGAAUGACAAGCAAAGCUUCAAGCUUCGGAAUUUUUCUACUGGCAGCCCAGACCCGCGCAUUAUUGUUAGUGAUGAUUCCAACGUAUUGUUCCCAAGCGCUGACGGACCUAUCGUUAUCCUGCGACCGACGCUGCGGAACGUUUAUGUAGUCCAACACGCUUAUGUGAGGCUACUCAACCAUAAGGAGAAACUUAUCAAGGACUACUUCGACAGUGCGGAUCUCGGCGUUGGAUCGAGCCGCAAGUUUUCGCGCGAGUACUAUGAGAAUCUUAGUCUAGCCAAUUUACCAUCAAAGAAUAAACUCGGCACCCUAUUAGACGUCAAGCAUUCUUCGUUCAGCCAUUCAACCCAGGACCUCGGGCUCGCUCUCGUAUACACGAACCCAGAUGGAAGACUUCAAUGUGUGGAAGCGGUUACUGGAGAGGUACUCAACAUCAGAGGAGAUAACGAGAGUUCCUAUAUAAUCCUACCUGUAGCUGAAGUGAGCAUCAAGAAGCUAUACGACACAUAUAGGUCUCUUAGAGACGUAACAUCGGAACAGCGACGGGCGGCUAAAGACAAGGAAUUCGCGUCGAAAUUGCCGAUAGACGAAAUGGAUGUAUUGACGAAGCAACUCGGGGAUGGGGAGUCGAACGGAGCAGGUGGUGGUAAUAGCAAAAAGCGGCGUAGAAUGUUGGAUGAUGAUGAAUAAACAUCACCUGGAAAGAAAAUUAUACCAACAAAAUGCAUCGAGGUCCCCU